AUGUGUCCGGAGGUGGAGAAGGCUCCUGCGCUGGGGCGAAGGCACAGUCACAAGAGGUUUACCGGGCUUAAAAUCUUCGGGCGCAGAAAAGCUAUUGCCAAAUCCGGUCUCCAGCAUAUGGUAGCUCAACCAAUCCCCACACUAGCCCUGAGAAGGGACUCAGAGAGGGAAAUUCGCAGUACUGUCGACUGGAGUGAGACUGCAAUUUAUGGGGACCACAUAUGGUUUGAAACCAACGUCUCUGGGGACUUCUGCUAUGUAGGAGAACAAAACUGUAUAGCGAAAAUGCUGCAAAAACCGAUGUCCAAGCGUAAGUGUGCAGCCUGCAAGAUUGUAGUCCACACACCCUGCAUAGAACAGCUAGAGAAAAUAAAUUUCCGCUGCAAACCUUCCUUCAGGGAAUCUGGAUCAAGGAAUGCACGAGAGCCUACAGUGGUGCGGCAUCAUUGGGUGCACCGGAGACGCCAGGAAGGGAAAUGCCGACAGUGUGGAAAGGGUUUCCAGCAGAAAUUUGCCUUUCACAGCAAGGAGAUUGUAGCCAUCAGCUGUUCCUGGUGUAAGCAAGCAUAUCACAGUAAAGUUUCAUGCUUCAUGCUGCAGCACAUUGAGGAGCCCUGCUCUCUUGGAGCACAUGCUGCAGUUGUUGUCCCUCCCACCUGGAUUCUACGGGUGCGGCACCCCCAAAAUCCACUCAAGUCAAGUAAGAAAAAAAAGAGGACCUCAUUCAAGCGGAAAUCCAGCAAGAAGGGACCUGAGGAGGGGCGAUGGAAACCAUUUGUCAUCAAGCCCAUCCCAGCGCCACUCAUGAAGCCACUAUUGGUGUUUGUGAACCCAAAGAGUGGUGGAAAUCAGGGAACAAAGAUCUUCCAGUCAUUCAUGUGGUACCUCAACCCUCGACAAGUUUUUGAUCUCAGCCAAGGGGGCCCCAAAGAGGCGCUGGAACUGUACCGUAAAGUGCAUAACUUACGGAUUCUGGCAUGUGGGGGAGAUGGUACGGUGGGAUGGAUUCUCUCCAUCCUGGACCAGUUACGCCUGAAUCCUCCACCACCUGUGGCCAUCCUUCCCCUGGGGACCGGGAAUGACCUGGCAAGAACACUGAACUGGGGCGGGGGUUAUACAGAUGAACCUCUUUCAAAGAUCCUAUCACAUGUGGAGGAGGGGGAAAUUGUGCAGCUUGACCGCUGGAAUCUACAGGUGGAGGCAAACCUUGACGCAUACCCUGAAGAGAAGGAUGAGACAGCUACAGAUAAACUCCCCCUUGAUGUCUUCAACAAUUACUUCAGCCUUGGCUUUGAUGCUCGGGUGACACUAGAAUUCCAUGAAUCCCGAGAGGCCAAUCCAGAGAAAUUUAAUAGCCGAUUUCGGAAUAAAAUGUUCUAUGCUGGGACAGCUUUCUCUGACUUCCUCACGGGGAGCUCCAAAGACUUAGCAAAACACAUCAAAGUGGUGUGUGAUGGGACAGACUUGACCCCUAAGAUCCAAGAUCUGAAGCCCCAGUGCUUAGUCUUCCUGAACAUUCCAAGGUACUGUGCAGGCACUAUGCCUUGGGGCAACCCUGGGGAACACCAUGACUUUGAACCACAGCGCCAUGACGAUGGUUGUCUUGAGGUCAUUGGCUUCACCAUGACAUCCCUGGCAGCAUUGCAGGUGGGUGGCCAUGGAGAGCGGUUGCACCAGUGCCGAGAGGUGGUGCUCACCACAUCCAAGGCAAUCCCCAUGCAAGUGGAUGGAGAGCCCUGUAAGCUGGGGCCCUCCUGCAUUCGCAUUUCCCUGCGCAACCAGGCCAACAUGGUGCAGAAGACUAAGAGGCGCAACUCCAUGCCCCCGCUUAAUGAACAGCACCCAGUCCCAGAGCGGCUACGAAUCCGUGUCAGCCGAAUUGGCAUGCACGACUAUGAGACACUUCACUACGACAAAGAGAAGCUCAAGGAGGCCUCUGUGCCUAUGGGAAUUAUCGUUGUGCCUGGAGAUAGUGAUCUGGAGAUGUGCCGGACUCACAUUCAGAGACUGCAAGAGGAUUUCCCUUCAUGCCCUUCCACUGUUCAGAGCCUGUUCCUUCAGGAAGGGGAUGGAGCCAAACCAAAGACACUGUCAUGCCAGAAGCUGUCCCCCAAGUGGUGUUUCUUGGACUCAACUACAGCAGAUCGUUUUUACAGAAUAGACCGUGCACAGGAACAUCUGAACUAUGUGACGGAGAUCUCUCAGGAUGAGCUCUUUGUGUUGGACCCAGAGCUUGUGCUUACCCAGACCGUGGGCACGUCUCCUGCCAUGCCCGACCUUGUUGAUGUGCCCUCAACACCCACAAGGCAACACCUUGCUGUCCCAACUUCAUCACCAUCCACACUAGUUUCCAGCUCAGAAAUGGGGAGCUGCCACCCCCUUAAAGAUGAUGCUUUGAUAGAUGCUGCCAAGAAUAACGAUUUCCUCAAGUUCAGAGACCUACACCGGGCUGGAAGUAGCUUGAUGGUGCAAGAUCACACAGGCCAAACUGUCCUGCAUCAUGCAGUCAAAUCAGGAAACAAGGAGAUUGUCAAAUACAUAAUUGAACAUGCUCCUUCAGAGAUUCUGGAUGUGGCGGAAGAAGAGAAUGGUGAGACCAGUUUGCACCAGGCUGCAGCCCUUCGCCAACGCACCAUCUGCCAUUACAUUGUGGAGGCUGGGGCUUCACUGAUGAAAACAGACCUGCAGGGAGAUACACCCAAGCACCGAGCUGAGAAGGCAAAUGAUCCUGACCUGGCUGCCUACCUCGAAAACCGACAGCACUAUCAGAUGAUCCAACGGGAAGAUCAAGAAACAGCAGUGUAGUGCUCAAUGUGCCUUAUCCCUGCCUAGGGGAGCAGGAGCAGAGUGGCACAGGAGCCAGGCCAGCCUUUCCUUGAAUAUCCAGCAUGGGGAGGAUCGAGAGCUACAUUUGGGCUUGGCCAUGGCACUAUUAUUUAUUAGUGUAGUGGGUGUUGAGCAAUGCUGACUCUGUGUCCCCCACCACAUUCCAUGGAUGGACUCUGCUGCUGAAUGUCCCCUCGCUUCCUGCCUCCGGGGCAUAUAGAGGGCCAUUUCUGUUCCCUUAAAGCAUCGAGAAAGAAGAUCUUAUUCUUCCCACCACUGCUGGCAUCCCUCCUUAUGAUGCCCCUCCACCUGGUGUGCAAUGUCUCCCAAGGGGCAGCAUCUGUAGCCCAUUCUGGUCUUGUCCUGGCCCGUUCCAGCCACCCCCUUCAGAUUUCCAGCAGUGAGUGCUGCCUUUCUCAAUAGCUCUAUCACUGGCGGCGUGCAUUGCCUAGGUAUAGCCUGUCAAUGGAAAUUGCUGGUGCAGUUCGUGAGACAGAAAUGUGUUCUGCAGCCCGCCUUUUAUCUACACAUUGCAGUGCACCUUGGCCAGCAGUCACGUGGGCAAGUACCUGAAGCAAACUGUGGACCAGUCUUGCAUCCUUUCUUUCACAGCACAUCGCCCCCUGUUCCCCUUGUUUCAUUUCUCCUGUUGGUAGGCUCCACACGUAAUCCUGCAUGUAAUCCUGUGAAGGAUGCUUAAAGAUAAGAGGAGGGAAGCCCCUGGUAUUUCUAGGCAGCACCGUGUCACAUAAAUCCCUUCCCUCCAAGGUGACUGUUGAGCCUGCUGGACUAGACGUUGUGAGCAAAGUGCCGGUUGUCCGCCUUUGUUCCUCUCAAGUUUGUUUUUUCCCUGCUCUUACAUACUGCUCCUCUUCUACUUCUACUUACUUAUUUGGAACAACAGCAGCCUGAAUGUUAUAAAAGCUGGUGUUCAGACAGCUGGGAGUUACCUGAGAGGGGGUGUUCAAAUACCACCCUGAAAUAGACCAUCUGCUGUUGUCACAGUUAAGGACUAAGGGCAGUCUUCUGAUUUUCUCUGUACAGGUAAAGGGAACCCCCCCCCUUUUUUUUUGUUUGGGGACAGCAUAUGGCUGCUCCUUUAAUAUACAAAAAUAAAGGGAUCUGAAUCCGUCAACCAGUGCUAUAAUUGUACACUGUGUCCAUUUAUCCAGUGGUGAAGAGCUAGAGGGUGCUGACUGUAAGAGUGAGAAAAAAAUAUUCUGCAUAGCCCACAAAUUCCUGUUCACAGUAGUCUUGGGAUUUUGUUCUGGGGUCCAGACCAAGCUCACGUGUAUAUGCAGACUUGUGAGUGAGAAAAUCAAUCUUCCAUUGGUCCAGAUUCAUCCUGAAUCAUUUCAAUGUAGUGUUCCAUUCCUUCAGAGCAAGCAGACACCCUGUUAUUUGGCCUGAAGCACUAUUCCAAGCAGAUCCUCCUUCUCUACCUAAUUUCCUUGCUUACCCAAGUCUGUCAGUUCUAACUCUUGGUCCAUUUUGUUAUUGUUGUUGCUUUGUUCUACUAAAGAAAAAAAAGUUGGAGGAACUCAUACCUUGCAGUGAUCUAGCAUAGACAGAAUUCUGUUUUUAGCUAAGUUUUAACCAAAAUAUUCUGGAACAUUUACAUCUAACCAGCCUGAACAUCUCGAGAUGCUAAAAUACUUGUUUCUGCCAUCCUCAGGAUGUAGUGAGCAAGUUGCCAGCUGGCCUGGCACGGUUUCCACAUGGAGUGGGAGCAAUAAGCAUGGAGACUUGUGGCUUGGUGGAUUGCAGUCCUAUAAGCAGCCAAUCCUGUCAGAAGGUUAGG